UUAACCAACCAGGGCUCGAUAUGGCGGCCAUAUAUCACAAAGUGUUAUCUUGAAAAGGAGAACGUCGUGUUUCAAUUUUCAGUUCGAAGAUUGAACUUAAUGGUUUAGUGAAUUGUAUAUACACACCAAAGAAGCGGUUAAAAUUCGUCAGUGGCGUAAAUAUUAAUCGUGUGUGUAUACUUUGUGAUGUAUAAACCGAUAAUGAGCGUUCUCAACAGGAAAUAUUAAGCUAAUCCUUGUCGUAUCUGUUUAUGAGGGCUCAGACAUAAGCCAAUAUGGCGGAACGAUUGCGUCAAUACCGUAUUGGGAAAGAGCUUUACCCGCGUUACAAAUAUGCCACCGAGGAGAUCAAAAGGGCAUACACAAAGUACUCCAGACUGACCAGUGAGUGUGGGCUCUCAGGAGAACCACAUCUGCCAAUAUUUGGAGAUGUUUUGGUGAACAUAUUAGAAUCGCACGUUGAUGUACUAAUAGAAGCAGACGAGCUCUCCCCUAAAUCUAUGCCAGAUCCUACCAAUUUCGAAACCAUGAAUCAUGAACAGGCAAAGACACAAUUUUCCGAUCUGUCCGAAAAUGAAAGAUUACCUACAAUUUAUGUCACAAAAUACACAGAGAAAAACGUCCCACAAGACUACUUUGGGAAUAUGAUUGUCUACAUUUCCGGUGGUCCAAUUUCAGAUUCAAAAUGGUCGAGAUACGAGGACACAUACAUUUGUGUUUCAAAUAAGAAAUCGUGUAGAGAAGAUAUCAGUGAAAUGUUAGCGAGAUAUGUUUUCUCGUACAUGCGUAACAGGACUGAGCUUUUACAUUGCAUCGCACAUUGUGCUGAAGCGGACGAUUAUACACAAAAACUAGGACGAUGUUUGGAAAACAGAAAUAAUUGUUCACCUUCCACACCCGUAAAGGUCAUGGGAAGUGUGACAUUUCGCCGUUGCAAAUCUUCUACCACCGAAGCAAAUCUCCUCGUGGAAAAAAGUCUUGACGCAGGAGUUGGCCUCGAAGAGCACUUGAAAAGGGCCCGAACCAUGAGACCAAGAUUGCUCGAUGCCGUUUCGGAGAUUUGUACGAUGUAUAAAAGAAGCGAAAUACCGGAAAAUGAACGUCCUCAAAUUAAAAGACGAGAGAAAAACGUCAACGAAGAGGUUGCUAAUGAGCUUACCAUGAAGAUACCACAAAUCCUUGGUGUCGGGUACAGGUUAGACACACUGGUGGUAACUUUGGAUGCAUCCGUCAUGAACGAUGAAAAAACAAUGGAUAAGAUAAAGUCAGACACAAGAAAAGUGUUUGACACGAGGAAUAUAAAAGAAGAAAGUAUAAACUUUAUAUUUAGCACGCGAGAUAUGAACAGAUUUACAAGCGAUGUGAGGACUGGAGGCUUCAUUCGUGCGGUCGGGAAGGGAACACUUGGUGGCUUCGUAUGGAAAGGGAAUCCACCACAUAAGGAAUGCUGUCUGAUAUCGGCGAAUCAUGUUUUGCAAGACAAAGAAAAGAGCGAUGUAUACCUUAUUUCUUCUAACUCAACAGAAAGAAUGAUCGCUAAAACACUGCCACCUAGAAUGGACGUCGAAUAUUUAAAGCCCCUGGAUAUCGCAGCCGCUAAAUUGCGCAUUCAACCAACUGAAGAACCCAGCCUAUUGGACUCGACUGGCCAAAGGGCAAAUAGCAGGGUGUAUGAUUAUCAAAACCAAGACCAGGUGGAGUUGUUAAAUGGUUUAAAGGUUCACUUAUGGGGAGCGAAGACCCGAUUGGGCAAAGGUAAAAUAACAAUGCCUUUAUACUAUCGAAGUGCCACUUCAAAUAUCCAAACAUUAAUUGGACUCGAGGACCUUGAUUCUGAUGAAGCAUCUGAUGCUGAAGAAAGCAGUCGAGUACUCGCUACUGAGGGUGACAGUGGUUCGCUUGUGUGUUCCAACACUCCAAGAGGAAUUUACAUCGAUGCGAUAGGAAUGUUAAUCGGAAAACAGCAUGAGUCUGAUGCCCAAACCCCUUCGCUAAUGACAUCAGCUAGCGUAACAAAGAAUGUAGAUACUUCAGGCAACGGAAUAAACAAAGUAACAGAGCUUUAUGCAAGAGUGACAUUAGCUGGCAACAACGCCAGCAAAGGUGAUGCUGCUACCCAAAAUCAAAGUGUAGUUUCUGCCUCAUCUUAUGGAUCCAGCAGAAAUCUGUAUUUGGCCUUUGAUCUUCAAGCAGGGCUUCGUCACAUGAAUGACAAAUACAGAGAUGAUUUUCAAUUGUGUAAAAGUGUGAACAACCCUUAGGUAUAUUCUGCGAAACAAACACAAUUUAUACUGAAUUGAUUCGGUGUUUUUGACCGGAAAUUAUAUACGUAUGUUUUUGUGUGACUUGACACACGUGAUUUAUUUCGAAGUUCUUUCCAGACAGUAAAUCACAGACAUUUGUUUUAAAACGUUGCAGGUGAUGCCAUAAAAAGCUUACUCUCCCAUGUGUUAUAUACAAUCCGGUACGGGUUUUUCUCUAGAAAAAUAUGCCGUUGAUUUUUUUGAAACGCGGUUAUAGCCUCACCCGUUAUACGUGUAACCGGUUUCUGCUUCGUUGUGUUGUGUAUUCCCAAAUCAAAUUGUAAGACAAUAUAUGUGUAUUUAUAAUUUUGAAUCGAAUGAGUUAAUUUUCCUUAAAAAGCAUUUUUCGAAGAGUCUAAGCGUUUAAAAAUUAAAUGAUGCAGAGCUAGUUCGUAUAAAAGGUUGUUUUUUUUUUAAUUGUAAUUGUACAUAGUUUUACGGCAUAUAUUAACGAUGCUACUGAAUUAGAUAUUUUAUAUAAAACUGUUUAUGAUGUGCAUAAACCUCGAACAAUUGUUUAAUUAUAGUAGCGCACCAUGUUAGUCGCAUUACUUGUUUGAUUUGCUGACAAGUACAAUAGCGAUCAGAUGUAUGACUGUAUAACAAACUCAAUUGCUUAACCCAUGUAAAUUGUUUGCAUAAAAUGUCAAUGUCGUUUCGUGGAGCGGCAAUUCCAUAUGCCGUACAUGUGAACACUUUUAGGUUUAUCUUAUUCAAUAAAUGUAAUUGUUAUUUGAUUCAUUUUUUGUAUUCCAUUCUUCAUUGAUAGCGGUUUUUCGAUGAACAGUUUUCGAUCUCGAUAUUGUAUCAGUUUUGAAAGAAGUUUUACAAUUGUCCCGGUUUGCAUAUGCAUAAUAUUUCAUGACAUGUGUACAACUAUUUAUCGAUGUUUAUUUGAUUUCGAUUUAAACAAGUUAAAUUCUAGUUAAACCUUUUGUAAAUAUCGAUCGUAUAAAUAUGUGAUUUGUAACAUGCGUCUUAAAUACUAACAGGGUUAGUCCUGUGAUAUUGGUCUUGUCUGUUCAAUGUUGUAAAUAUUUUUAAAGAACAACAAAGAUUGUAGUUGUAGCUUUGGUUAAAAGUAAGUCGGCCAAUUUGACUGUCGUUUCACUGGUAAACAUUAUGAAAACAUAUAUAUAAUAUUGUUGUGGAAUUGGUGUAUGCCGUUGCCGAGUUACCAUGUAGGAUAAUUUAUAAGCCGUUUCUGGCUAAAUACAUAUGAGUAAAGGAUUGUACCAGAUUAGCCUGUGCAGUCCGCAGGGAAUCAGGGACGACACUUUCCGCCUGGACUGGAAUUUCGUUAAGAAGAAAAAAUUUUAAACUAAAAAUUGCUCAAAACGGUAUGUGUCGUCCCUGAUGAGCCUGUCCGGACUGAACUUCACAAGCUAAAAUGGGACGAUAAUUUAAGCACAUGACGUAAGCCCGGUUAUCCCAGAGCCCGGCCCAUUUACAUGAACUGACCAAUUGCGACCCUUUGUAGCCAAAACAAGCCGGCAUACAUAUGUGUCUUGUUCUGAGAAAACUGGGCUUAAUGCAUGUGCGUAUAGUGUCGUCCCAGAUUAGCCUGUGCAGUCCGCACAGGCUAAUCAGGGACGACACUUUCCGCUUAAACUAGAUUUUCGGUAAAAAGGGACUUCCUUUUAACGGAAAAUACCAUUUAAGCGGAAAGUGUCGUCCCUGAUUAGCCUGAGCGGACUGCAUAGGCUAAUCUGGGACUACACUUUACGCACAUGCAUUAUGACCAGCUUUCACAGAACAAGACACAUAUGCUUAAAAAUUUGCAUUCCUCUUGAUAUAUUCUUUGAACAAAUGUUUGCCUAAAUUAAAUUGAUAAGUCAAUAACGAAUGCUUCUGAUGUACGUUCAACCGACGCAGUCGGAAUUUGUGUUGAAUUGAACACUGUUUAUGCAGUUUUACUAAUUGUCUUAGAUACAAGUUGUUUUUGUAUGUUUAUGUUUAUGCUACUGUGCUCUUUAAAAUUUAUUUUGUUGUGAAUUAGUUGUAUUGUUCUUAUUAUUUUCAUCAAAUGGACAAAUGGCUUCGACUAAAUCAACUAACGUUUUUCACGACCUAAUUUGUAUUUAUCACAUAUUGAACUGCAUAAUGACAUUGGGAUAUCAGAGCCGUUAAAUAUAAUGAUGUCUGCUUAUGUAAUUUUAUUUGUGUCCAAAUUGAGGAUGUAUGGAUAAAUUUUAACAAAUACGAUUUGAUUUUGAAAACAAGGUAGAAAACACAAUACUAAGAUAUAUUUGCAAGCAAUAUCUAAAUGACUGUUGGACAGCCUAAUUGUUGCAGGUAUUGUUAUCACAUUGUUAUCUAAUAACCUGUGUAUGAUCUACAUUUUUAAAUUAGAUAAUGUGUCCAAAUUAAAUGUUCUGAACACU